GCUGGCUGGCAUGGAGGCAGGUCCUGGUGCUUGGCCGGCGCCCCGGAGCAAUCUGGCAGUGAGAGGAUGCAAACAGCUCCUGCAUCUGAGCUGGGGAAAAUAGCCUCUGUGCGAGGAUGAGCGGGGUCAGCCUUCGGUGGUGGCAGCGAGGCUGCGGGUGCUGCUGCCCACCAACUGCCCCCAGCUCGGGAGGGCGUCUGCUACCGGGACACCAGGACCCGGCCGGCUCUAACGGGGGGCCGAGGGCUGGGGCUGGUCCCCCUUGUCCCCGUUGCCUUGGGCCGGGGCUGCCUGGCCCCACGGGGGCAGAUCCGGACCCUUUGGGGUCGCGCACGGGGAUGUGCUUGCCCAGGCAGCCGGCCGGCUCUGCAGCAGCCCCGCGUGGGAGGUGUGGAAGCUCUCGGGGUGCCAGAGGGGGACACCCCUCACCCCCAACCUGGGCAGAUGGUCAGGACCUGCCUCUGCUGGAGACACCACCAGAUUAGAGGUGACUCACCAUAAUCUUGAAGAAGUGGAUUAAAUCUCCUCCUGCUGCACUACUUAAUGAAAUCCAUCCCGUAAUAUGCUCGGGGCCCUGCUGUUUCCGAGGGGCCGGGCUGGCGCAGGGCUGUGGGCAGAGCGUGGGGUGCAGGCGGCACACAGCCCGUUCCCCGGGUGGCCCCAUCUGGGCAGCCGCAGCCACAGGCUCUGUGGGAUGGGGCCGUGUCCACGCUCGUCCCCAGCGUGCGGCACUUGCAGGAUGGGUCCCGGCAGCGGCUGCCGCACAAGAAGAAGACGGUGUCCUUCAGCACCAUGCCCAACGACCGCAAGAUCAACAGCACGGCCGCCUGCAUCUCCUUCAUGCUGGAGGGCUGCGAGCUGAAGAAGGUGCGCUCCAACUCCCGCAUGUACAGCCGCUUCUUCGUGCUGGACGCCGACAUGCGCUCCGUGCGCUGGGAGCCCUCCAAGAAGGACUCGGAGAAGGCCAAGAUCGAGAUCAAGUCGGUCAAAGAGGUGCGCGUGGGCAAGAAGACGCCCGUCCUGCGCAGCAAUGGCCUCUCCGACCAGUUCCCGGACGAGUGCGCCUUCUCCAUCAUCUAUGGAGACAACUACGAGUCCCUGGACCUGGUGGCCAGCUCGGCCGACGUGGUGAGCGCCUGGGUGAUGGGGCUGCGGUACCUGGUGUCCUACGGGAAGCACACCCCCGAGGCGCCCGGGACCGGCCAUCCCAGCCUCCGGACCUCCUGGGUCUCCUCCGUCUUUGACCUCGCCGACCUGGAGAAGUCUGGCCGCAUCCCCGUGUCCCGGGCCGUGCAGCUGAUCAAGGCGCUCAACCCAGGCAUGAAGACCUCCACCAUCGAGCUGAAGUUCAAGGAGCUGCAGAAGGCCAGCGAGCGUCCCGGGGCGGAGGUGGCCUGCGACCUUUUUGUGGAGGCGUACUGCGAGCUCUGCACCCGCCCCGAGAUCUUCUUCCUGCUGGUGCAGUUCUCCAGCAACAAGGAGUACCUGGGCCUGAAGGACCUGCUGAUGUUCCUGGAGGUGGAGCAGGGCAUGGAGGGGGUGACGGAGGAGAAGUGCUUGGAGAUCGUCGGCAAGUACGAGCCCUCCAAGGAGGGCCGGGAGAAGGGCUACCUGGCCAUCGACGGCUUCACGCGCUACCUGCUCUCCUCCGACUGCUCCAUCUUCGACCCGCAGCACCGCAAGGUGUGCCAGGACAUGGCGCAGCCCCUCUCCCACUACUACAUCAGCUCUGCCCACAGCGCCUGCCUGCUGGAGGACAACUUCUGGGGCCGCUCCGACAUCAGCGGCUACAUCAGCGCCCUGGGCCUGGGCUGCCGCAGCAUCGAGCUGGUGCUGUGGGACGGCCCCGAGGGCGAGCCCGUGGUCUACACCAGCCCCUCGGCUGCCUCCUGCGUGCCCUUCCGCGCCGUGGUGGGGCUGAUCGACCAGCACGCCUUCGCCGCCUCCGCCUACCCCCUCAUCCUCUGCCUGGUGGUGCGCUGCUCGGCCCCCCAGCAGCGCCUCGCUGCCCAGUGCCUGCGCAAGACGCUGGGGGAGAAGCUCUACCUGGAGCCCCCCAACCCCGCCGCGUCCUACCUGCCCUCCCCGGAGCAGCUCAAGGGCCGCAUCCUCAUCAAGGGCAAGAAGCUGCCGCCCGGCUGCGAGGACAGCGAGGGGGAGGUGUCGGACGAGGAGGAAGGCUGGGAGCUGGCGCGGCGGCUGGGCCAGGAGGACCGGGAGGUGCCGGAGGGAGGUGGCCCGCGGCGGGUGCGCCUCAGCCGGGAGCUCUCGGAGCUGGUGAGCCUCUGCCAGGCCGUCCCCUUCCAGGACUUCGAGAGCUCGCGGCGCGGGCAGCGCUACUGGGAGAUGUGCUCCUUCAGCGAGGUGGAGGCGGGACGCUUCGCCAACGAGUGCCCGGCCGAGCUGGUGAGCUACAACAAGCGGUUCCUCUCCCGCGUCUACCCCAGCCCCAUGCGCAUCGACGCCAGCAACAUGAACCCCCAGGACUUCUGGAAGUGCGGCUGCCAGAUGGUGGCCAUGAACUACCAGACGCCGGGGCUCAUGAUGGACCUGAACACAGGCUGGUUCCAGCAGAACGGGGCCUGCGGCUACGUCCUCCGCCCUGCCAUCAUGCGGGAGGAGGUCUCCUACUUCAGUGCCAACGCCAAGGACUCCUUGCCCGGGGUGCCCGCCCAGCUCCUGCACCUCAAGGUCAUCAGCGGGCAGAACCUGCCCAAGCCCAAGGGCUCGGGGGCCAAGGGGGAGGUGGUGGAGCCCUACGUCUGCGCCGAGAUCCACGGCAUCCCAGCCGACUGCGCCGAGCACCGCACGAAGACGGCCCUGCAGAGCGGGGACAACCCCGUCUUCGACGAGAGCCUGGAGUUCCAGAUCAACCUGCCGGAGCUGGCCGUGCUGCGCUUCGUCGUGCUCGAUGAUGACUACAUCGGGGACGAGUUCAUCGCCCAGUACACCAUCCCCUUCGAGUGCCUGCAGCCCGGCUACCGCCACGUCCCCCUCCAGUCGCUGGCUGGGGAGCCCCUGCCCCACGCCACCCUCUUCGUGCACGUGGCCAUCAGCGACCGCCGCGGCGGGGGCAAGGGGCACCGCCGGGGGCUGGCGGGGCGCCGGGGCCGCCGGGUGCGGGAGUACACCUCCACCAAGGCCACCGGCAUCAAGGCCAUCGACGAGGUCUUUCGGACGGCCACCCAGCCGCUGCGGGAGGCCACCGACCUGCGGGAAAACGUGCAGAACGCGCUGGUCUCCUUCAAGGAGCUGUGUGGGCUGACGCCCGCCGCCAACAUGAAGCAGUGCAUCCUGACCGUGGCCGCGUGGCUGCUGCACAGCGACAGCGCGCCCAGCGUCACCCUCAACCUGGCAGAGCAGUACCCGCCCAUGGAGGCCCAGGGCCCCAUCCCGGACCUGCUGCGCAAGGUCCUCACCGCCUACGAGACGAUGAUCCAGACCAGCCGGACGCUGAUCGAGUCCGCCGACGCGGUGUAUGGCAAACUCAUCCAGGCACAGCAGGCAGGCAUGGAUUUCCACAAGGAGCUGCACCGCAUCGAGGCCAAGGAAGGGCUGCGGGGCCGCAAGUUGCAGAAGGCUCUGGAGAGCUUCGCCUGGAACAUCACCGUGCUGAAGGGCCAGGCCGACUUGCUCAAGCACGCCAAGGCGGAGGCGCUGGACAACCUGUGGCAGAUCCACAACGCGGGACAGUCCUGCGGCAUCGGCAGGAACGGCUCGGCCUCGCCGGAGCCCUCCCGGCUGCGCGCCACGCUGGAGCCCAUCCCUGAGACGGAAGGAGGGGGUGACACGGCGUCCUGCUGACCCCGGCCUGGGGCUCGGGGGACCGGACUGAGCACCCCCCGGCCGCAGGGACCAGGACCAGGGAGCCCCAGCCUGCCCACAGAUGGGCAGCUGCCUGGGGGGAUGCGUGCGGGGCUGGGUGCCUGUGCUCCGCCGUGACAAGGGGCUGUGGCAGGGCCUGGCGCGGAGGUUGGGGAGGGGUGUCCCUGCUCCUGCUUGCCAGUCCCCCCCUCCGUGAGCUCCCAGGGCCUCAUCCAUCCCCCCCAUCUGCUUCUGGAGCCAGCGCCCUGCCGCGGGGCUGGUGUGGGUGCUGGCACCCUGGUGCCUGUGUGCAUGUACCCCCGGCCUGCGGUGCCAGACUCCUCUUGUAAAAGCAGCCCCAGGCCUGGUCUCCUGCCCCCAUCCAGGGCCAUGGGUUUUGCCUUCGCCAGCCCCGGGGAAAACCUGGCAGGAAGGGUCCUGGCCAGUCCCUGUCCCGUCUCCACAGGGCAGUGGGUUCCUUCCCCUUCCUGGCCUCCACUGUGCAGAGGGGCUGGGAGACUUUGGGGUGCAGCAGGUGAGGGGGGGGGCUGCUGCAGACCAGCCUGGGCAGCAGAUGUGGCUUCUGGCAUCAGGGAAACAUCGGGGCUCAUCCCCCAGGGUGAGGGGGUCCCGGCGCAAGCAAUGGUCGAGGGGCGGUCUGGGGUCGGACCGUGGCUGCGGAGCAUUAUAAAGAGUGCGAGACCCAA